AUGAUUUAUUCAUUCAACGGAUUUGUCACUUUUUGUAUCAUGAUGCUAACAAUCAAUAAACAGUUGUAUGAAUUAAAUGCUGCCUACUUGCCAAUGAAUUAUCGAUGGACAUUUGUACCAUACAUAAAUGAAGACAAUGAAAUUGUACCGCAACGUGUACUAUCACCUAUCUCUUCAUUGUCAGCAAUUCCUUCAAUGCAUAAACGAGGUCCAGAAUUGAUUAUACCAUUCAUUAGUGGUGGAACUCCAACAAAAAAAUCCGAAAUUGAAUAG